AUCGCCCGCGCCCCCCUCCCCCACCCCGUCUGCCGUAGCUGCAUUUCUUAGGUUUCUUUACCUUUAUUAUUUUGUGGUUGUACAUCUUGCCACCCGUCCGAUGCUUUGCUCUGUCCAGAUCCUUCUGUCGAGUGGUGAUGCCAUGAGAGCCCCUUGCAAGCCACAUCCUUCUUCGCGAACAACUCGAAACCAGUCUCCGUCCAAACCCGAUUCCCCCGGCAUAUGUUGAGCCUCCCGAGAACUCUAAACACCAACAAUUCGGUUUCUCGGCGAAAGAUAGUGUCCAAAACACACACAUAAACCGAUUCGAAGCUUAUCGUCUUCAACAUGGCGGAUCACGAUACUGAUGGGCGUUCCAUGUCGCCCUCUCCGACCCCAACUGCCCCACUCGACUCGGCUUCUCCAACUUCCUCCAAGGGGCCAUCAGCCACAACAAAAGCCACAUCAACAUCGCCGAAGAGGAAGCUGAGCUUGUCGGCCUCCGAGUCCAAGGGAGGCCAAAAAGUGACCAAGAGGCGUGCAGCACGAGCCUGCGUGUCCUGCAGGGCACGAAAGGUUCGCUGCGAUGUCGUCGAGGGUGCUCCUUGCGGCAAUUGCCGAUGGGACAACGUGGAGUGUAUCGUGCAGGAGAGCCGCCGGCGCAAAAAGAAUCUUUAUGCUGCAUCCACGGCGGGGCACGUGUCUGGUGCCGAGGCACUGAGAGCCGCCAGCAUCACCACGAAUCCAAUCAGUAUCACCAGUGCGGAUCUCCAGAGACCUGGUAAUGGCGGUGGGCCCGCGUGGCAGGGCUCAUUGCCUGUCGAGGGUCACGUUCCUCAUCUCAUCUAUCAACAAAGCGCCGCUGCUGCCACGGCCGCUGCCGGAUUCCGUACGGAUGCAUCGGCCCUGCUGGCCAAGUUGGGCGAUGCCCGUCCCAUCUGGCCUAAUCCGGGGUUGAGUCAGUCGCCGCUGCUUGGGGACCUGCGGACGGCGCAGUUUCUCAACUCACUUGAAGAGCCAGAUGCCGUCGCUCAGCUACCGGCCUUCAUCAAGCCGCUCCCGCCUAGGAUCGGGGUCGAGGAUGCGAGAUACCUCCACACCAAGGGGGCAUUGACGCUGCCGAGCCUUCCGCUCCAGAAUGCCCUACUCCAGGCAUACGUCGAAUUUGUUCACCCGUACAUGCCCCUCCUUGAGCUCCACGAAUUCCUAAACAUCAUCAAUUCCGUCGAUGGCUUCUCGGGGCAGGUCAGCUUGUUCCUGUACCAGGCCGUGAUGUUCGUCGCGACUGCCUUUGUCGGUGCCAAGCACUUGAAGGAGGCUGGCUAUUCAAGCCGAAAGGCCGCGAGGAGGGACUUCUUCCACAGGACUAGGCUGCUGUACGACUUCGACUACGAAUCAGACCGCCUUGUCCUUGUUCAAGCCCUCUUGCUGAUGACGUAUUGGUACGAGACGCCCGAUGACCAGAAAGAUACAUGGCACUGGAUGGGAGUGGCCAUCUCGUUGGCACACACCAUCGGCCUCCAUCGCAACCCCGCCAACACAAGCAUGCCUCUACACAGGCAGAAACUGUGGAAAAGGAUCUGGUGGUCUUGCUUUAUGCGGGAUCGCCUGAUUGCUCUUGGGAUGCGACGUCCGACGAGGAUUAAGGAUGAGGAUUUUGAUGUCCCUAUGCUGGAAGAGGGUGACUUCGAAAUCGAGGCGCUAUCGGACGACAAUCAGCUUCUACCCGCCGAGUGCACUCUUAUUCGGGACAUCAACAUGCAACGGGAACUGGCGGUCAUGUGCGUCGAGAAGGCCAAGCUCUGCAUAUGUAUCAACCACAUGCUCAAAGCCCAGUACUCGGUACUGAAUCGCGAAUCGGUCCGGCCCGAGAACACGACCAAUAGCACCAUGAUGCUGCUCCCCAACAAGUCCCUUGAUAACUUUGAGAAGGUCCAUAUGGUCGACAUGGAGCUCAUGACCUGGUACGCCAAUUUGCCCCAGCUGUGCCAAUAUCGACCAUUGGGGCCGCAGGACAUCAAGAACGGGCAUUCAACCAUUGCUGUCCAGCGCAAUCUGCUCCACAUGGUUUAUCACACCACGGUGUCGGCGCUGCACCGCCCCCAGUUCCUCUCCUCGUCCCCGCAACAGACGCCAUGCGUUUCCCGCCAGGUCCAGGAAAUGUCCCGGAUGAGAGUCCGCGACGCAGCGAAUCAGAUCACUCAGAUGGUGGCGGAACUCCAUCGUCUGCGCCUCGAGAGAUACCUACCGACAAGCGGCGUGACGGUGAUUCUGCCAGCCAUGAUCAUCCACCUGUUGGAGAUGAAGAGUCCGAUACAGGAGGCUCGUGUCAAGGCAACUAAAGGGUUCAAGCAGUGCAUGCGUGUGAUGGAGAAGCUGCGAGAGAUCUACGCGGCCGCAGACUUCGCAACCGGCUUCCUCGAUGCUGCCUUGCGCAAGGCCGCGAUCGACGUGACCGACGGCACCCCGGCACAUCAGGGCGUAGGCAAGACUCUGCAGAGCGUCCUGACUCCGGGGCUCAGCCUAGUCCCCGCUCAGAGAGCGGAGGACCGAUCGACCCCGCCGCCGGACAACGCGCCGUACCUGAACUCGACCGAGGUCAAACUCUUCCAUGCCGAUCGGACGUACAUGCCUCGAGACUCGAACGGAAACCCGGCCGUCGUGGUGGGGCACUCGCCCCCGCCGACAGAGACGCCGUCGGAGCUGGCGAUGACGCCGUCUGCCACCGGGUCGCUGGAGGAAAGGGACCAGAUGGACCUGGACGGCGGCAUGGGCCAGGCUCAGUUUGAUUGGAGCGGUGUUGCAGGAACCACUAACCUCGACUUCGAUCAAUGGCUCCAGUUCCCUGCCGAGGGCGUCAACACCUCUGACGAGACCUUCAUGGGCAUGUUUGGCAGCGGCGGCGCUGCUGCCGCUGCUGCAGAUGCCCAGAACCAGGUGGCGAACGAUAUUGAGCAGAGUAUGGACUGGUUGAAGACCCCGAAGGAGCAAAUGGGGGCUGUCCCAGCUUGAGAAGGGGAGUUUUUGAUGAUUCUGAUGAAUAAUAUCCGCAAAAUAAUUCAAUGUCUCGGGCAAGGACUUGGC